AUGACGCGGUGGAACAGGCAGAAAGGUUUCGAAUUUUUACCCCCCAAAAAAAAAAAAAUUUCCCAAGUCGUUAAGGUGCUUUCGAAAGUUCUGGAAAAAAAUUUUUUUUGUUCUAGAACAUUGUCGGAGAACUUUAUAAGCGCAGCAUAUGACGAUGAUGAUGAUGAAAAAAACAUACGUUAUUUGAAAUAG